UUUAGAUGUGAUUUGGUUUUAAAUCUGGUAUCUGUUGACCUCAAUAAUCUUUCUGCAGCUUUGGGAAACCAAGUUGAUGCAGUCUAAAGCAACAGAAGGCUUCUUCAGACAUAGCCACCAUUGUCCACAGUUUACCUUGCAGUUGCCACCUAAUUUUCAUCGCAUUCUGCAGGAUUCAUCAGCUUCUUUAGUCAUCCCAGCUGGCAGAGGUUUACAGCAUUUCAUGACAGCAGACCUGGGUACUUUGCAAGCGGGUGCAACUCUUGCCCUCCCGUCAAAUAUUGCUUAUCCUGUACAUGUACCAGCUGGAGUGACACUGCAGACAGCAUCUGGGCACCUUUGUAAGGUCAAUGUUCCUGUUGUGGUUACACAAGCCUCAGGAGAUGCAAAUGUUCUACAUCAACCUGUUCAGCAGAUAUUUCAGUCUGUUAGGCAACCUUCAGUUCUACAAGCCAGUGUUGCCAGUGUUGCCCAGGUGAAUGCAUCUUCUGCCCAGGCAGCUGCUGAAGCAUGGCAACCCCAGGAGACUGCUCUCCAACAGACUAUGGAAAAUCAACCAAAUGUUAUGGAAGAAAAACACCCAGAGAACUCCGCUAAUACUGCAUUGGUCCAGCAGGCUUCUGUGAGUCAGCAGCAACUUGCAGCUAAUCAGCAUGCAGAUUCAACAGAAAAACCUCAGCAGGGCAAUCUUUACACAGCUGUGUUUACUCCAGAAUCCUCUGAAGGGUUUUCUUACUUUGAAUCCUUGGCAAACAACUCGAGCAGUGUGCUGCUGGAUGUGGAGGGUCAGUUAGACAUUGAGACUCUUGAGUCAGUGCAACAGCAGCAGGUGUCUGAUGAUAUCAUUGACCUGAUUAUUAUGGGCAAAAGUCUGGAUGAUAACACUGUCCUGAGAGAUCAGGACAGUGUUGCCCCCUCUGACAAGAUGGAACCUACUGAGCAGAUGGAAUCUAAUUUACAAUCAGAGAAGGAUAUCUGCAGUCAUAUUGAAGGCAUAAUUCAGCUAGAUGGAACUGGUGAUGUUUCUCCAAAGGAGGAAACACCACAUGCAGAAGACAGGGAAGAGAAUGAAUUUAUUGGCAUUAUUGAAUCAGAGGAUCUAAAACUUCUGGAGGAUGAGGAAGAUGAUGAAGAACGUGACAGUAUUUCAAACACGGAGUCUAGCAGCAGUGGUGGUGAUAAUGAAGAGCCCCAAAUAGAUCUAGUUGAGGAGGACCCCUUAAAUUCUGAUGAUGAUGUCAGUGAACAGGACAUUCCAGACUUGUUUGACACCGACAAUGUGAUAGUUUGUCAGUAUGACAAGAUACAUCGAAGUAAGAACAAAUGGAAGUUUUACUUAAAAGAUGGAGUGAUGUCCUUCGAGGGUAAAGACCAUGUGUUUGCAAAAGCCUUUGGAGAUGCAGAGUGGUGAAACCUCACUAAAGUACGUACUGUAAGACUGUUGUGUUAUUCCUUUAUGAACUUCCUGUGAAACUACUAGACUUUGUAUACCAUUACAUAAAAAACCACAAACCAAACAAAACCCCCAAAACCCAACAACAAAGCUGUGAUAAAAAUAUGAAAAAUGUGUUGUUCAUAAAUGCAAACUAAAAUUGUGUUGUUAGCUUCUCAGCUGUCUUUGCUGUUCUUUGCUGAUUAUUUCAUUACUUUCCUACCCAAUAAACAUAAUUGGGAUUAAUACCUUUAGAGACUGAAAUGUUGAAUCUGUUAGUAAUUAAGAAAGUCAUGGACUCCUAAGUGACUAUAUUUAAGUAAACUUCAGUUCUGUUGGUUUUCUUUCCAGUUUUUUUAAAGAAGUGCUAAAGUGUGACUUGAAAUAUAAAAUGUAUUUUCAAAGGCUGUUGAGUUUAAAAGAAAAAAAAGAGCAACAUCUGUGUGAUAUGUGCAAGUGUGAAACCUAUGGCUGUUUCAGCUGUGUGCAUCUUUCUCCCUUUCCUCCCUUGCUUUUUUGUUGUUGCUUUGUGGGUUUUUGACUUCAGCUUAAAGGCAGACACUUUAGAUAUACAUCAGAAAAUGUGGGUGGAAGACCCUUGAGCUCUAAGUAUAUAAUUAUUAUUCAUUCUAUACCCUCUGUGUCUACUGAGAUGCAGUGUAUAGUGUGAUAUAACAUUAAAAUGUGAUUUAUUUUCACUGUCAAUGCUGAGUCCUUCAGCUUUGCUUUUGUACACAUCCACUACAUUCUAAGACUACAGACCAGUAAGCUGUGAAUGAUACAAAUUGUGCAUAAUAAUAAAAUGUCAUCUCAUACACAUUUCUAGCAGAGAGUUGUGUGUUCCCUAAAUACAAACUUUGCUUAGAAAAAUGUGUACAAAUGAUGCGUGUGACAGUAGCUCACCCUGCCAUGACAACUGCAUUGCCAGCAUCCUCAACAUCAGCUUUUUGUUUUUUUUUUCCCUAGAAAUAGGGGUAAAAAUGUUCUGCACCCAUAGGUCCGGGCCAUAGUGCUGCAGAGCUGCAGCUUCCCCCUGGUACCUCCUGUUUCUUGUAGUGCAAUAUUGGAAACUAAACGGUAAAGCCUGAGUCAGGCUGACUUGGAACAGGAUAAUCCUGCUAGAAGGGCAGUGCUAUGUGCAAGGGUAUGGCACCCCACCCUCCUGACCGCUCACGUCUUUCCCUGAAGGAAGACAUUUUGAGACAUUUUGUCUCCUCCUGGGAGGAGACAAGGCUUGAGAAGGAAAACAAAGGGCAGAGUGGGAGAGAAGGAAUUGUGGCGGAUGGCAUGUGUUAAGCUUGGUCUCGAACAAUUUGGGGGACUUGAGAGGAUCCUGCCUGGGAGGGUGUGUCUACCAGGUCUGUACAAGUGCUGUAGAGAGAAAGCUUUCCUCUGCCGUGCAUAUGGGUCAGACUCGAAGAGACUUCUAGGGGGUUCCCCCUGGAAAUCCCUGUCUGGACAACAAGCCCACCAAGAAAAUGUGGCACUCAACAGAACUAUACGAUUGGCUAACCAGUGUGGUGCAGUGAGAAUGCCCAAUGAUUGGUCGACAGCUGUGGCACAGCAAGAAAUUCACAUUAUAAAAUAAGGAGGGAUGCUGGCACAGACAGUCUCUCACAGGAUUGGACUAUGCUCCUUAUUGGACUACCUCCCUUUCAGACUAUUGGACUACUUCCAUUUCAGUUUAUUGGACUACCACAUUCUCUGCUCCUGGAUGCUGGUCCCUGCCUCCUCCUAGGAAUGACCCACCACCCCUCUGAUGUCCUCCUAAUUGAGGUUAAGGACCCUUCUAAGAUUUACCUCAGGCUAUACUUUCCUUGCUCACCAAAGUUUAAUGCCAUGUUUCUUUAAUAAAGUUAUGUUGUUACA